CUUGAAUAUCUAUUUUUAGAUUUGGAAUUUCCCUCGGACAUUUCAUAGAAAAUUUAUUUGGUUUAUAUAUAAAACAGAACUAGUAUUUCUUGUUACUUAUAGAAUAUUAAAGAUAUUUUCGUUACACUGUUAAAGUAGACAAAAACAAAACUCAAGAAUGAGUGCAACUGUUUUACCAAACUUGGAAUCCUUACAUACGGAGGACCCGCCAGGUGAUGAGGACACUGAAGAUGUUCAGUGUGAUUCGCUACGAUUAUUCUCACAGGAGCCAUCAAUUACAGCCAUAACAGAUUUACACCAGCGUCUGAUCGACAUAGAUGAAGAAGUAGGUGAUGACGAACUGGAAGGACUCAAGUUUCUUUGCCGUGAUCACAUCCCAGUCUCCAAACUAGAAAAAUCACAAACAGCAUUGGAAGUAUUUGAUAUAAUGAAAAAGAUGGUACUGAUAGAGUCAAACAAUGUAGAUUAUCUGCUAGAGUGCCUCGGACGCGUCCACAGAUUGGAUCUUGUCAGAAAACUCGGUUUCCAGCCUGAUGCUGUCAGGAACCAUUUACAAAACUUUAAAAAACUUUUACCAUUCAGAACAUUACUAAUGGACAUCAUAGAGGACCUCGAUGACAAGGAAACAGAACAAAUCAGAUUCUAUCUUAGAGGAAAAAUUCGCAAGAAAAUUCUGAAUGACAAAAGGUCGCUUCUUCAAUUAUUUGUUUUUAUGGAACAGGAGGGGUUAUUGUCACAUGAUAACCUUGACCUUUUAACAAAGGUCAUGGAGUCGGUGAGAAGGGGAGAUCUGGUAGAUAAGAUAAGAAUAUAUCAAGGAUUGGAACCACUUCAAAGACAAGGUCCAGGAUUGAACCCAACCGUACCUUCACAACAAUCUCAGCCUACAGUACCAAGUGGGCAGCCAAGUAACAUUGCACGGUCGGUGAGUGCUGGCACCAUAAGCUUUAAUAGUGAAGAAAAUGAAACUACGGAAGUACCAGAUAGAAGAAACAUCCCUCAGCACCUCCUGGAUCAGAUAGUCACAGAUCUGACUCCCCAGGUAGAAGAUUUGGGUAUUGAACUUGGCUUUACAAAUCACCAACUGGUACAGUAUCAGCGCCAAAUACCAGAACCAAGGGAGCGAACUCUGAAGUUAAUUCAGGAAUGGGAAACUAAUGUUCAAGAUAAAGGAAAAAUUGUGCCUGCAUUAUGCUAUACACUAACAAAACUUGGGUGUAAGAAAAGUGCUGAAGAUUUGAAAAGAUGGACGAACAGCUUAAAUGAACCAACUGUCAGACCGGGGUCAACUGAAUAUCAACCAACUGGUCCCCCUGGUGACGGUGAUAACGUUUGUGUCAGUUUAAGAGAAGCCCAGCUAGACUCUGUACGACAGCAAGUGGCAUUGUCUCGUCUGCAGCAAAGGGAACCUGAUGUGAGACAAGCUCCGCCCCUUCCACAAGGUCCUGCCUUUGCCAAUGUACCUGAAUUAAGACAAGUACUGCCCCAAACACAGGUUCCAGUCCCUGGACAAGUACUGCCCCCAACACAAGUUCCAACCCCUGGAAAUAUGACGGAAUUUAGACAAAUGAAUGGGCAUCAGCAAAUAUUGUCGAAUGUGAUCCCAGCACAAAAUGAUGUUAAUAUCAUAAAUGGUGGAAUUGCUGUUUAUAAACAAGGUGAUAAUUAUCUUGUUAAUGCAGGAAUCAGUAGAGAAUUGGCUCCACAGAUGGUGCCAUUGGAAAAUUUUAUAAAAGGUCAAGGUCAAAGUCAACAGAUUCAAGGUGUAGGUAACAGUCGGCAGAUGGCACUUCCGGUUGUUCAUCAGCCUAGCCGGCAAAUACCGGAACUCCCCGUGUACCCUAUGAACAGAAGACCAAGAGGAUGGUGUGUAAUUAUAAACAAUAAAGAAUUCCAUGUAAUUCAAGGAGAUAACACAAGUAAGGAGAUGCCAGCUAGGAAUGGUACUGACAAAGAUGCAGAAUCAUUACAGCACACAUUUUCGAAGCUUGGUUUUAUUGUGCGACGUCGAGACAACCUCACUGAAACUGAAAUGAUGACCUAUUUAAUUGACAUCGCACACAAUGUAGAUCAUACUGACUUUGACUGUUUUGUUUGUUGUAUUCUAACACACGGAGUGCUAAAUUAUCUUUAUGGAAGCAACGGAAAACUUGUGUCCAUUAAGGAUCUUACGGAAACUUUCCAGACGAACAGAUGCCAGACGUUGGCGGGAAAACCAAAACUUUUCUUCUUGCAGGCUUGUCAGGGUAGAGAUAAAAUGUUAGGUGGCUCUGAAUUGGAGAGAGAUAUGCCCCGACUUGAAUCUGAUCAGGGAGAUCGGGAAAUGAUCCCUAACGAGGCUGAUUUUCUCCUAGGAUACGCAACGGUUCCCGGCUAUGUGUCAUUCAGAAGUAGGAACCAUGGUUCCUGGUACAUCAGAAAGCUUUGUGAAUUACUUGAAAAAUAUGCAAACAAGUAUGACUUGAUGAGCAUCUUAGUAGAGGUUAACAGGGAAGUGGCUGGAGCUAACGCGGCAAUGGAUGGAGGCUUAUACAAACAGAUCCCAGCUCCAUUAGUUACCUUAAGAAAGCAGCUCUACUUUAAAUGAACUUUACAAAAUGGAGCAGUAGUUGCCAUGCAAGAGUCCAUGGAAACCAUGGAUGUUGGACAUAAGGAAAUGAAUCCAUGAACUUUUUCUUGUUUUCAAAGACAACAGACUAAUGUUUUUUUAGUGAAGAAAGGAUGUGCUCAGUAUGUUGCGUAUUUUCGGUAUGAAAUUUAAAGGAACUCCACUGAGGUCCAAAAGCCUAAAAAUAUGAAAAUUUAAUUUCUGAAAUAUAUCAGCAGGGGGGGACUUAAAACAGUUACAUGUAUAUAUUAAAGAUAGUAAUGAAAUUUUGUCAGAAAAUAGUUGUAAAAGUGUAUUUUUGUGCUAUUGUAAGCAUGAUAUGAGUGAUAGGUGAGUAAACAGUGAGUGAAAAUUGAGUGAAAAGCGUUGCAAUGCUUUUCAAUUUUUGGUCAAUUUUCACAAUAUUGAAUUAGAAGAAGUAUUAUGGAAAAACGGAGGGAGGGAAUGAUUAGUGAUUUUGGACACAAGUUACUGGUCUAGACCAACAUCAAAUGUAACAUUAAUCUCAAAAAAUUAUAUCCAGUCCCAUCAUUUCAGUGGAGUCCCUUUAAGACACUUUACUGAUUUAUGGUAUUUUGUUUUGUAUAUAACGAGUACUUGCAACUUUUUAUCUUUUCUCUUUGUACAUACAGUCUGCCCUUUCAUGCACCACUUUAGCAUAAAACAGAGCAGACCUGUGAUAAGUAUCAAAAAUUAGAAACACUUUUGAAAAUUAAUUUUGCAAAAAUGGAGCUAGUGUCAUGAUACACAUGUUGGUGCCUUCCUUGGUUAACCUUUUUGUUUUGGUCAAUUUCUAAGAAACUUUCAAGGCUGUUUACCAUAUUUACUUGUCUAUUAGACAGAUCACUUAUAAGAUGGGGUCCUUAUUUUAACUCAAAUGGCACUUUUUGUUAAGACAUUCUUAUAAGACAGGUAGUAUUUUUUAUAAGAAAAAUUCUACUGUACCUCAGUUUUUAAUAGAAAAAUUGUCAAAAAUCAUGAAAAUGAAUAGACAGAUUGGUUGGAGUGAUAACCAUUUUCUAAAAGGACUCGGGGGUCUAAUAAUUACUUAAGUUACUUAAGGUACAUCAGUUUUAUAUAUCAAUUGAGCUGAUAAUUCUAAAACUGAUUUUUGCAAAAUUAUGUCCAAAUUUAGACUGAUUUUUUUAUUGCCCUAGUUAAACUUUUUGUUAAGGUCCAUUUCUCAAAACCUAUUAUAGAUAUUUACUUUAAGCUUGUUCACUAUAAACACUUGCAGAAAUAUUCCUUCUUUCUUAUAUUACUUAAAUUAUACUAUCUAGCGCUGGGAAAAGUGGAGUGUGCUUAAUACAAACAAGCCAUGUUAGAGCAAUAUUUAUGCAUGAAUAGUGCUAUAUGUUUUUUUUUCUCAUGAAAUUAUUUAUAAGAAUAUUGAAUAACCUACAUUGCCUAUCUCCCUUGAUUUGCUGCUGAUUUAACUUCCUAAGCUUGUAAAAAAACCUUGACAUUUCUGUCAGAAAGUUCAAUAAAACACCAAAGUUAGUUGAAGGAUCCAACAGCUUUGGCUUUCUCUAUUUUUACAAUGAACAUAUUUUGUGAUAAAGAUAAAAAAAACAUCAUUAUGAUCUUGAUAAAUAUUGAUUGUUGAGCAUGUUUUGUGACCAAGAUUAAUAAAGUAUCGGUAUGAUCUGGAUCAAGAAAAUAUAUUGUCUGCUCUAUGUUUGCAAUGAGCAUGUUUUAUGACCAAGAUCAAUAAAGCAUCAGUAUGAUCUAGAUCAAGAAAAUAUAUUGUCUACUCUAUGUUUGCAAAGAGCAUGUUUCGUGACCAAGAUCAAUAAAGCAUUAGUAUGAUCUAGAUCAAGAAAAUAUAUUGUUUGCUCUAUGUUAUCAUGGAUUUAUAUUUGUAAUAUAAAUCCAUGAUGUUAUCAAUGAACAUGUUUUGUGACCAAGAUCAAUAAAGCAUCAGUAUGAUCUGGAUCAAGAAAAUAUAUUGUCUUCUCUAUGUUUUCAAUGAGCAUGUUUCUUGCAACAAUGAUCUUGAUUAAUAAAUAUAUAUUGUAGGUCUUUGUUUGCAAUGAGCUUAUUUCGUCAUUAAGACCAAUAAAGCAUCGGUAUGAUCUGGAUCUAGUAAUUAUAAACAUUGUGUGUAUUUUUUGAUUAACAUUAAGAGUAAUCUCAUAUUUUCAAUGCAGAAAAUAGUUUUAUAAUUAUUUUUAUAACUAUGAUAUGUUUUCCUUUCUUUACAUAGUUCUCUUGUUGCGUCAUUUACACGUUCAUUUCAAACUUACCUAAUAUGACAAAGCCAUGUAAACUAUAAUAUUCAAAAUCAUUGUUGAUUGUCAUAUGUCUUUUUGUUGCUAUAUAAGUUACAUGAUAUGACUUAAAGAUUGAUUGCAGUGAUAAUUAAGAUGCUGUUUUUAUCUGUGAUUGUAGAUGUAGCUGUACAUGUUUUUGAUAUAAUCAUGGCUGUAAAUAACGCCGUGAUAUAACUAAUGAAAAUUGUGUAUAUAUUUAUUGAAUAAAAAACUGUACAAAAACAUAAAAUGAGUUCAUACAUAUUA